CGCGUCGAGUGGGGCUACGCGUCCCGCGGCCGAGCCUCUGCAGGACUCCCAGGGUGCUGCAGCUCAGCUGGAUGGUGCAAGGCAUGGAACGCUUCGCCAGCUCCGGGACCCAGACGGAGGCGGUGGUGGUGCUGUCGCUGGCCCAGGCCGCUGUCCUGGGUCUAGUAUCCGAGAAUGAGUUCCUGGGAGGCACAGUCAAUCCAGACAGCAUUUUCUCCAGUUUGGCAGGAAAACUGGAUGAUGAGGCAGCAGCUGCUGAACUGAAGCAGCCUGAAGGCAGCAGCCCAUCUGGCCCAUCCCAGGGGGAGCCUCCUGAGGAAGAGGAGGGGCCGGAGGCAGAAGCCUCCUUUGGGAAACAGGCCCGGAGGAGGAAGCGGCCCCCCGUGCGCCUGGUGCCAAAGGUGAAGCACGAGAGGGGCGAGAUGGAGGAGGAGGAGGAGGGGGGCAGCCCCGAAGCGACCGCUGGUGGCCCUGAAGAGCAGGGGGAGAGCAGCAACCCGGAGGAGCAGUCUUCUGAGCCAACCAGGCAGAACAGCAGCAGGAUGACAAGCCUCGGACCCUUCAGCCGGCGGUCCCAACCCUCGCGAAGGCCCCCACAGCAAGAGCACUCCUUGGGGGCCUAUGAGGAAAGGUUUCCCAGCCCACCCCAAGCCAGCCUGGACAGGGCAGAAGCCUUUCCCAGCGGCUGCAGUUUCCCGCCUGGCCUGCCGUCCCUGAGUGGCAUGGAGAAUCAGCUGCCAGCUUCUCCCCCAGAGCAGGGCAAGAGUGAGGCGGGCUUUGCCUGGCAGGAGCCCCUGGACUUCGAGGCAGAGGUCCCCGGUGAGCAGAGCAAGAAGGUGCACAUGGACCGCCUGGACAUCAAUGUCCAGAUUGACGAUUCCUACCUGGUCGAGAAGCGUUGGCAGUGCCGCCUGUGCGAGAAGUCCUAUACCUCCAAGUACAACCUGGUGACCCACAUCCUGGGGCACAACGGCAUCAAGCCACACUCCUGCCCGCACUGCGGCAAGCUCUUCAAGCAGCCCAGCCACCUGCAGACCCACCUGCUCACCCACCAGGGCACACGGCCCCACAAGUGCCAGGUGUGCCACAAGGCCUUCACCCAGACUAGCCACCUCAAGCGCCACAUGCUGCUGCACUCGGACGUCAAGCCCUACAGCUGCCGCUUCUGUGGCCGCGGUUUCGCCUACCCCAGCGAGCUCAAGGCCCAUGAGGGGAAGCAUGAGAGCGGCCGCUGCCACGUGUGUGUGGAAUGCGGCCUGGACUUCUCCACUCUCACCCAGCUCAAGCGCCACCUGGCCACGCACCAGGGUCCCACGCUGUACCCGUGCCCCGAGUGCAACAAGUCCUUUCACUACCGCAGCCAGCUGCAGAACCACACCCUCAAGCACCAGAAUGUGCGGCCCUUCGUCUGCACCGAGUGUGGCAUGGAGUUCAGCCAGAUCCACCACCUCAAGCAGCACUCCCUCACUCACAAGGGCGUGAAGGAGUUCAAGUGCGAGGUGUGUGGGCGGGAGUUCACGCUGCAGGCCAAUAUGAAGCGGCACAUGCUGAUCCACACCAGCGUCCGUCCCUAUCAGUGCCACCUCUGCUUCAAGACCUUUGUGCAGAAGCAGACGCUCAAGACCCACAUGAUCGUCCAUUCGCCCGUCAAGCCCUUCAAGUGCAAGGUGUGUGGGAAGUCCUUCAACCGCAUGUACAACCUCCUGGGCCACAUGCACCUGCAUGCUGGCAGCAAGCCCUUCAAGUGCCCUUACUGCUCCAGCAAGUUCAACCUGAAGGGGAACCUCAGUCGGCACAUGAAAGUGAAGCAUGGCGUGAUGGACCUCAACCUGGACAGCCAAGAUCCCAUGCUGGAGCUGGCAGGCACCAAUCCCUCAGAACUGGACGGGCAGCAGGAGAUGGAUGACUACGAGGAAAACGCCUACGACUACGGGGCAGUGGGCAACGCCAGCGGUGGGUCUGCCCUGGCGGAACAGACCAUGAAGGAGAUUGCCUACUACAACAUGCUAUAGUUGGAACGGGAAGGGCCUGGUUGGGGGGGUGGGAGAGGUUGGGCUGCACAGCACAGGAGAGCACGGGGAGGACCGUGCUGGGCUCUUGCUGCAUUGCAGCCUCUGCGGCCCUCCCAGCCGCCUCUUGACCAGGUGUGGCUCUGCUGGUUGGCGGUCCUUAGUUGGGCGCUAGCCUUGCGGGCCUCCACUUGCCUUACUCUACCUCCCACACCUGGCCAGGGCGACCCUGAAGACCCAUCUGGGGGACGGAGGGGGGUUCUUGGGAGGCUAAGCAGAUCUCCCUCAAUCUGCUUCUGGACCGGAGCGCAAGUGCUCACCUCCCACCCAUGUUGCAAUCUACCUCUGCCCUGAACUCUGAGGGAGCAGCCUGGGUUGGAAAGCCUCCCCUGACCCGGUGGACUCCAAAGCGCGCCCCCCCCCCUUACUUGGCAGAACGGUCAAGGCCCGCCCUGCACAGUCUGCGGCCGCCGUGUUCUCUUCCUGGGGCCUGGCCCCUUUUGUGCAUAGAGCUACUGUGUUUAUUUUCCAGUUCUGAAGAAGUUCAGCAAUAAAUGAAUAUUGUUUG